UUCUACAUUACAAGGCUGUAGCACAAAAGGUACAGAGGUACCAAAGCUGGCUGAACCAGGCAUUAAGAUGGAUAAAUAUCCUUUCUUCGUGGUUCUAUUUUGUGCUGCAUUCACAGCAACUGUUUUUGGAUACCCAUAUGGCGAUGUUUCAAUAGCAUGUGACUCCAUGUUGCCAGACCAUGGGGUAGCACCACAGAAGUCCCCUCCACCUUUUGUUAUCUCUGUAUCUUUUGAUAGAUAUGAUCCAGGAAAUGAAAUACAAGUGGUUCUAGAAGGAACAUCGAAGUUUGGAUUUAAAGGAUUUAUGGUACAGGCCCGAGAAAUUCAUGGAAAUAUUCCUGUCGGUACAUUUCGCAUCAUAGAUCGAAACACACGAGGCCUUCCCUGUGCCAAUAUUUCGAAUUCAGCAGUAAGUCACACAAAUCCCAGAAUAAAGCACCAAGUUAGAACUACCUGGAUUGCUCCUCGAAUUACCAAAAAAGUACGCCUUAUGGCAACUUUUGUUCAAGAUUAUGACACCUACUGGGUUGGUGUUCAUAGCAAAACACUCUCACCCAGAUAUUCCAAUGCAACUAAAGAUUCCAUAAUGGUCAAUGAUUCUCUGACAACCAAUAUCUCAGCAAUAGCCAACAAUUCUGUAACAUCCCUGGUUUCUGAGAUCACCACUGAUUCAGACAAAUAUGAUAACAGUGAUGAAAAUGUUGAUUUCAACACCUUGAUUGGGUCUGAGAUAGACUUUGAGCAACCUGAGACAACUGAUGACUCCAACAGAGAAAAUGAGACACUUGAAAAAAUUGAAGAACCCCAAAGAGGAAAUUCCACAGGGAGAAGCAGGAGGAAGUCCAUUGUGAAUGUGCAGAUAAAAUGUGGUGAGGGUGGAUCAAACAGUGGUUCUUGUGGCCAGGGUUCCAAAGGAUCCUCUCAGAGUGGUGGCAGCCUGUCCAAGGUUAUUGUAGUUAAAGAAGGAGGCAGCAGUAGCAGCUGUGUUGGAGGUGGAGUUGCAGAUGUUUACAAUAAACAUGGUUGCAGAGAUAGUGCAUCCGACACUAGUGGUCAGUCUUCAUACGGCCAGUCGGUGUCCACAGAGAAAGGAGCCAAGGUGGUAUCUUAUCCAGAGAGUCAACCUUUCCCACCUGAGCGUGAAACUUACUCGUCGAAAUAUGCCCAUUCCAAAAUUAUCCAGUCCCAGAGUUCCUCCAGCAAAAUCCAGGUCCAAGAUGGACAAAUUUCAUCAAGUGGUAGCUCUGUAUAUGGACAGGGUUCAAAUCCUCAAGGCGUUCCAUCAAAAGGCAUCCGAAUUACCAUUGAGAGUGGGCAAGGUGGCCAAGUGUGUGAUAAGAGUUCAUCCUCCUAUAACAGCCAAGCUUGUAUCAAGAUCCAGACUUCCGGCUCACAAGGAAGUGGUACUUAUGGUACACAGGGCCAGUCUUCAGGUUCACAGAGCAGCAGCAGUUAUGGCACACAGACCUCUUCUUCACAAGGAAGCCAGCAGAGUGGCUCAAGUGGUGGCAAACCUUGUGGUCAGGGAACUACCUAUGACAAUCCUUGCCAUCAGGGCCAAUCGUCAUCUUCCCAAAGCACUUCCAACCAGGCUGGUUCAAAAUUUCAAGGCAACAGUGAUGCUUGUAACCCGGGUAAAGGCACUUCAUACAACAGCAACAGAUGUUAACCGCAAUGUGAAUGGAAAUAGAAAACUUAACAGAAGAUGAACCAAGGAAAUAUAUGGCAUGCCAGAGAAAGACAUUUCAGCACAGGAGGAGGACUUGAAUACCCCAAAGGACAAAUGCACUGGAAAAUAUCCCUUUGUGAUUCUUCCCUGAUGUAUCAGCUGCAGAAAAGACACUUUCAUGUCUGUAUAAGUCAAAAUCAAGAAUAAAAGAAGGUUUAUCUUACAGUUC